GCGAGGCGGGAGGGGCGGAAGAUGGCGGCGGUUCGGGGACUGGAGAGAGCGGAGAGCGGCCGCCGGCAGUAGCGCGCGCGGCGCGGGAUUGGGGGGCGGAGGGCGAGUGGCGGCCCCGACAGCAGAUAUAUAAACAUCAGCAAAAGCGCAGUCUGUGUCUGUCCUCAACAACAGGAUGACGUGUACUAUAGAGAAGGUGCUGACGGAUGCAAAGGCUCUGGUGGAACGGCUGAAGGACCACGACAAUGCGGCCGAGUCUCUGAUCGAACAGACGACCACACUCAACAGGCGCGUGGAGAGUAUGAAAGAAGUCGGAACAGGGUUCCCAGACAGGAACCAUGAAGAUGUUGUAGAGUUGAACCAGCUAGCGAAUCACAAACCACACGCCAUCCUCUUGCAGGAAAACACACAGAUCCGGGAGCUGCACCAGGAAAACAAAGAGCUGUGGCUUUCCCUGGAGGAGCAUCACUAUGCCUUGGAACUCAUAAUGAGUAAAUACAGGAAACAGAUGUUGCAAUUUCUGGCAAUGAAGCAAAAAACAGAUAUAACACUGGUCAACAACUUACACCAGGAGCACUCCCAGGAGCUGCAGACAAAAGUGGAGCAGAUCUGUGACAUGGGCACAGUCAUGAGGAGAGCUGUUCAGAUGGACGACCAUCGUUCCUGUCGCGUUCAGGAGAAGGUAGCGCAGCUGGAGCUGGAAAACCGAGAGCUGAGAGAGUUGGUUAUGCUGAGUAAGGAGAUUUCGUUGAAAGAAAAGACAUGCGAGAACGCUGGACAGGCUCCAUGUGCAAAAUAGCAUCUCUCUCUGCCUUUAUGUGUGUGUGUGUGCCUGUGCGUGUGUAUGCACACAAAUGUACGCCUAUGUGUGUGUCUCUCUCACACUCUUGAUCUCGCUCAAUCUCUUGCUCUCUGUGAGGGUGCUGAGAUGGCCUCUUGCACUGUGCCUCCGCACCACAUGAACUGUCUCACAAACUCACAGCUGGCUGUGUUAUUACAGAUGUAACACAGAUGUGAGAUUUCUAUGGGGGAGGGGAGAGAAGGAGGGAAGGAAACAGCAAACCCAAACACUGUAGACAGGAGCAAAUACUUGCUUUUGAGCAAAACGUUUGCAUUUUACGGGUACUGCUUUUGCAUGGUGACCAAAAAGUAGUGAUAUCUACCCUAUUAUCUAAAAAAAAAUUCUUUAAUAUUUAUACCAUUGUAAUGGUAUCAACUUUUUGGUCAACCUGUACUUUCUCUUCCUUCCCCAACUUUGCCAAAAAAUGGUCAGUUAUUUAUCUCACUUCAGUUGUCUCACACUCCUGCCUGGUGCUUGGCAGUCACUAGAUCCCAUGUUACUACAUUGGGUGAAAGAACAAAGGUUGGUUCUUCUUGAGAACUCAGUGGUUGAUUCACUGCGAAGAGUGGCACUGAGACGAACCAAACUCAGAGGUCUCAAAUUCAAAUGACCAGAGUUUUGUGUUUUGUGUAAGUAAAUCAAAGACAGGGCAGCAAUUGUCAGAAAGGACAAUUGCUGUCUUGCAAACUUGGUUAAUAAGGAGCUGUUCUGUGGAAUCAAGUUCAAGAUCACCUUAAUCUUUCCGAGGUGAAAUGAUCAUGUAAAAUCUUUAGAGACUUCAUCUAUGUAGGUGCAGUUUGUGAUUAUGUGUAAACCACAGAGACUCUCAGUGUCAUUGCUGCUUUUACACUGGAGGAGGGUUAGAAUGGGAAAGGACUGACCAUGUGAGAUUGUAAUACACUGCAAUACCAUGCUGCACCCCAAACAAAGAGGUAGAGCCACACGUGGUGAGUUCAUUAUCUCCCAGGGAUGAACAGAGCCCAGGUGCCUUCAGGAGCCAGCGACAGCUGCCCCAACCUGUGUGCUUAGAGUAUGUGCCAGGAAUCUCUCCAGGCAUCUCUGGAACAGUAAGAAGCUAAGAUUCAAAGUGGGCAACACAGAGGUCUCCUAAUCACUGUGUUGGUAGCUGAAAUAUCUUCUCAUUGAAACCACUGGUUUCACAUCUUUCAUUUGGAAGAGGAUAACGUUGAAGCUGAAAACUUUGUCUACACCAAACUCAAGGUCAUACUUCGCAAUUGUCAAAGCGUGUCCUCAAUGCAUUUUUGUCAAAAGCUUUGCGAUGUUAAAUGUUCAAGCUAUUGAAUGCCAGUGUUCUGCUGGAGUCUCUGAAAUGGUUUGUAAAUGUACUUAAGAUGGUAAUAAAGGAUGAUUUUGAUUGUC